UCUCUGUGUGUCUGUGUCUCUGUGUGUCUGUGUGUCUCUGUGUCUCUGUCUGUGUGUGUAGGUGCCCAGGCAGGUGGUGUCUCUGCCGGCGUGCGUCUCCGUGUCUGCGGCACGUGACCACACGCUCUGCCUCGCCGUCUCCGGCCUGGCGUUUGCCUUCGGUCUCAACGAGUUCGGGCAACUGGGCGUGCGCGGAGCCGCCGGCACCGCCGCCGGCACCACUGCCUCCACCGCCUCCACCGGCACCACCGGCACCACCGGCGGCAGUAGCGGCAGUAGCGGAGGAGCGUGGGGUGGCGUGUGCAGCUCGCCGCAGCAGGUUCACCUGCCGUGCCGGCCUCCCCAGCGGGUGCUCGGCGUGGCGGCUGGCCCCACCCACAGCCUCUUCUACACCCACAGCGGCCUCUACACCUGCGGACUCAACAGCGGGCAGCUCGGUUACCCUCCACAGCCGGGCUGCCUGGUCCAGCCUCUGCCCAAGCUGGUGACCUCUUUGCCCUGGGUGACCCCAGAGGGACAGAGGUCACCGUCAUCGUCAUCAUCAUCAUCAUCAUCGUCGUCGUCGUCGCCCAGGGGAGCUCGAGGCUUGUCGGCCGCCCCGCUGGCGGCGGCCUGCUCCACCGCCAGCCUGGCGCUGACGGCCAGGGGGGAGCUGUUCCUGAUGGCGCACGGCACCAGCAGGAGGCUGGCCUCACGGAUGAUGGAGGUGAAGAAGAGCCUUGUGUUUGACAACAAACGGGCGUUGGGCGGUGGUGGUGAGGGCAGGGGUGGUGGUGGUGGUGAGCUAGACACGACCGUCAUUGUACUCUUCACCAAUGGAGCGGUGUACAUGUGGCGUGCUAGCGUGUGGAGCCGCCUGCUGGUGCACGACUCUGGAGCGAGGCCGAUCUCCGUGGGCGACCUCGCCCUGGGCUCCAACUCGGUCAUCGUGAGCAGCGAGGAUGGGGAGGUCUUCACGGGGGCCUGGGAGCCACGGAGCCAACCUAGAGAUCCAGCAGCGGCCGCCUCCCCAUUAGCACGCCGGGCGUCACGCCCCUGCACGCUCACCACACAGAUGUUCAAGAGCACAGGUGAGGUGGAGGUGGUGAGGGUGAUCGUGCUCCGGGUUCCACUCCUCCACCGUGCUCUCUGCGUGGCCACCGACUCGCGGCGUGGAGACAACUACAGCUGUGUGCAGACUCACCCACUCGCUGGCCUCCCGGCACCGCCCUCGCUGCUGCCCGGCCCCUCCAUGCCCGAGUCGCUGCUCCGUCUCCUGGCUGACGUGCCCAGCACGGGAGACGCCCUCCUACUGCCCUGUCCGCCCCCUCACCCCGACGCUCACCCCGACGCUCACCCCGACGCUCACCGGCCCGCCCCCGUGGCCGCUCACCGUCUGGUCCUGGAGGCCGCGUGCCCGGCCACCCGGGGCCGCUGGCAGGCAGGGCCCUGCCCUGGGCAGGGGCGGCAGCAGCAGCAGCAGCAGGGCGUGGAGGUGCCUGCACACUCGCUGGCCAUCCUCGUCCAGAUGGUCUACAGCGGAACUGCACGAGAAUUGAGGGACGGCAGUCGCGAUGGGUCUGGCAAGAGACGCAUGGACACCACCCUGAUAGCCACACUCAUACAGGGAGCUCACACACUGGGGGCCCAGCAGUUGCUGGAGCGGCUCCAGGCCGGCCGCUACGUGGAUGGGGAGGGAUUCGUGAUGGCAGCCCCAACGCCGCUCAGCUUCAACCGCCUCCAGAGCCUCCACCUCAGCGACGUCACGCUCGUCUCCUCGGACGGAGUGGAGUUCCCGUGCCACCGGUGUCUGCUCCGCGCCAGGCUAGAGUAUUUUGACCACAUGCUUGGAAACAACUGGAUGGAGGCAACCUCUGCCCUGCUGCCCCUCCCCGUGACCUCCGACUUGCUGGACGAAAUCCUCUCCUUCCUCUACACCGACACAGCCCCUCGCAUGGACGGAGGCGAGAGCGUCGAGUUUGUGAGUCGUCUUCUCCUCGUUGCCGACCAGCUCCUCAUCGCCCGCCUCAAGCGAAAGUGCGAAGAUUCCUUGUCACGAACACUGACGCUGCUCAAUGUCUGUGAGCUGCUGGAGCUGACCGCUGUGGUGCUGUCUCCGUGUCUCCGCGUCUCCUGCCUCCACUUCAUCUGCCACAACCUGCCCAUCCUCCUGGAGACACGGUCCCUGGACAUUCUCACUGAAGGCAACCUCCAGGCUGUGGCACAGACCUACAGAGACACGGUGCCAGCAAUGCGCCACCGUCGCCGUCGCCGCCACAGCUGCGCCGUGACGCGGGUGGAGGAGGUGGAGGAGGUGGACCCCUCGCUCCUCUCGCUGCUCCACCUCGUCGCUCGCGAGGAUCGGGGGGAGUGUUGGGACAGCGACGAUGAUGACGACGAUGACGACGUUGGAGGAGCGGAGAUGAGCGCAGACAGGGAGGCCGUGGCCAGGGUGCGGAGUCGAGCUCCUCGCCGCCGACUCCGCAGUGGGGGAGGGGGUGGAGGGGGGGGCACUCCGGGGGACCCCGACAACAACAACAGCCACAACAACAACAACAGCCACAACAACAGCAGCAGCACCAGCACUGCUAUCAAUGCCCCCUCUGCUACGAUCAGUGCCCCCGCUGCUACGAUCAGUGCCCCCGCUGCUACGAUCAGUGCCCCCGCUGCUACGAUCAAUGCCUCUCAUGCCAUCGAUGCCCCCGCUGCUCUCCGUAUCGUCACAGCCACCACCCCCACCGGGGCAGCCGCCGGGCCUUGCCGAUCGUCGGCCACCACCGCCGGCAGCGGCCCCGGCAAACCCCGGCCUGGCUCCUCCUCGCUGGCAGGAGGAGGAGGGGGGGUGGUGGCGGGGGAGGAGGAGGAGGCAGAGGAGGAGAUGGGGCCGGACGGCUCCAAGGGUGGUGCUGCCACCGUCGCCACCACCACCACCUCGGUGUGGGGGGCAACAGAGAGCGACACGGAGCCACGGGUGCCGGUGCUGGAGCUGCGUCACGUCCUGCGUGUGGAGAGCGGCGCUCAGAGCAGACGCCAGGGAGCUCCACGCAGCACGCGGCCUGUCCGUGUGGGGAAGCUGUCUCAGAAGCAGCGCAAGAUGGCAGCUUUGUCUCCACGAGACUCCGUGGACAAGGAGGGGUCGGACAAGGGGGACACAGAGCCACGAGCGUUCCGAGGAUGGUCUGUCCCCGUGUCUCCGGACAGCGUCCCGUCGCUGCGAGACGUCAUGAGACAGGAGCAGUCGGACAACGAGGCCGCCGCUCCUCCACCACCACCAGCACCACCACCUCCUCCUCCUCUUCCCACCACCACCACCACCACGGCCGCCCCCGCGUGGUGUGGGGGAGACAGCGGCCGUGACAGCGGCCGUGUCGCCCCCCACGUCGCCCCCCACCCUCGCGUCCACUCCCUGGUCUCCAUCCAGGAGGAGGAGUUGAGGGCCGAGCGAGCGUUGAUCUCCACCCGGGACAAACCCCUGGAGCUCAUACAGCUGGAGGAGAGGGCCCUGCAGGAGCUGCUGAGCCUCUACGAGCGUCGCUUCCCUCGCGAAUCCAUCCGUGUGGCACGCGUGGAGCCCCCGCUCACAUGGAGCCCACCUCAGUGGCACUCGCACUGACACCGCACCGACACCACAUUCACACCGCACUGACACCGCACCGACACCACAUUCACACCGCACUGGCACCGCACCGAGACCACAUUCACACCGCACUGGCACCCAAGCCUAGGCCUUGCCUAACAGACGAGCACUAGGCCUUGCCCAACGGAGGAGCCUAGGCCUUGCCUAACGGACGAGCCUAGGCCUAGCCUAAUGGACGAGCCUAGGCCUUGCCUAACGGACGAGCCUAGGCCUAGCCUAACGGACGAGCCUAGGCCUUGCCCAACGGACAAGCCUAGGCCUUGCCUAGCGGACGAGCCUAGGCCUUGCCCAACGGAGGAGCCUAGGCCUUGCCUAAUGGACGAGCCUAGGCCUAGCCUAAUGGACGAGCCUAGGCCUUGCCCAAAGGACGAGCCUAGGCCUAGCCUAACGGACGAGCCUAGGCCUUGCCUAGCGGACGAGCCUAGGCCUAGCCUCACGGGCAGGCCUAGGCAGAGCGUCAUGUUCAGCGAUUAAACAGACGCAGUACCGAGACAAAACGAAAACCGAGUCGUCAGGUGGUAGGGGAGGCACCGACUGUUCGUGGCGAAGGGAUUCUAUCUUGAUUUUUCGGGAAGGGGGGGGAAUGCAGAAAAUUCUGGUUCCGGAUCUUUCCUUAACCCCGGGGGGGUGGGGGGGGAUGUCCCUGUACACUCCAAUACACUCAACAUAUUACACUAUACACUACACUAUACAUUGAUAUAAACUACACUACCCACGAGAAAACUCUGCAUUAUACACUCAAAACUAUACUACCCACUACGCUAUCCACUGGUGUUACGUGGAGUGGAAGACCACGAAGACAGAGCGGUGUGACGCGGGGUGGAAGGUGUUGUAAUUACUGGUCGAAACGUCGUACUCGGAUUGCACAUGUUGUGGCUUGGCUCCAACACACCGAUGUGCUGUACCAGUGACGGAUUGCCACGUUCUGUUUACGUCACAGCCCUUACUAGUUGGCUGUGUUGGGUGGUGGCGGGUUUUAACGACAUUUACGCCAUCUAACCCAAAAAACCGCUAAUGGAUGUUAUUGGUUUGCGAAAGCCGACGCGUUAAACUGGGGUGGGAAAGGUGGCUGGUAGGAGACUGCAGGGGUUUGUAAAUGAGAGAGACAGAUGGGGUGGCAAGGAAACAAUUCCGUUUAAUAAUAAUAACGUUAUAGUAACAUUAUAUAAUAAUUAUCAUUUAGAAUCCCAAAAGAUUACAAUGCUGCAGUAGCAGCAGCAGUGACGACGACCAAAUAACGCGCACAGCCCCUCCCUUGCAGAGUGCUUGGCUAGAGGUCAGGGCUCGGGGUUAGAGGUCAGGGUUUGAGAGAGUCAGGGCUCAGAGUUGGGGGUCCAUGUUACGGGUUGGGGUUACAAGGCAAGGGGGUCGGGGCCAGGGGUCAUAGCCGGGGGCUGACUGUUGUGGCCGGGUGAGGCAAAGCUCACCUCCAAGCUACCCCCACGGCUUAGAAGGAAAGGCUGACACGGAGAGAGACAGACGGCAGGCUCGCUCCACUGCUUGGUGUGGCAAGUCCACGUGCCACAGAGGGGGGCGAGAGAGAGCCAUGCAAACUCCAAAUGUAGAGCAGCGAGGCCAUCAGUCGGGGUCCGGGAUGGAACCCCGCGAGAGCUCCUGCGUACCAGGCGAUGUAGUUAACAUCUCCUAGCCACUGUGGGGUCAUAAUGGCCGUGUCCAAGACACCAGUCUGCACUGCUGAGAUCUUGGGAUUAGAUUCAUUCGGAGACCGGUUUCUGUUCGAAUCCGUGGGUCUCCAAGUCUGAGCGAGUCCCCGAGUGAAUCUGGGUCUCUGUGCGAGUCUUUGUGGAGUCUCCGAGUGAGUAUCCCAGCACGUCUCUGAGUGAGUCUCGGGGUCAUCUCCGGCUCAUCUCUCUCCAUGUCUGCGUGCGCCCCCCCAUACGCUCCUCCUCCUCAUGCCGCCUUCAUGGCCUCCGCGCUUUCCUUCUGUGCCUCAUCCUUGAGCUGAGCCUUUUUAUCCAGGUUCCAGCCACUCAGAGACUCGUUUCUCUUAGCCGCCUGCAUUCCCACACCACACCACACACACAAACACAAAUGUCUCACGCCACACACAAAUGUCCCAUACUGCCGCGUAGACUUUACCGGAACCAUGGAGUGCAAAGGUGGUUGGGUUAUUGAUGGUCAUGUGGUGGUGGUGGUGGCGGCGGUGGCGGUAUCUGGUUACCCUCUUGCCAGAGACCACCAUGACGACACAGCCCGCGACUGGGAUGGUGGUGGUAGUAGUGGUGGUUGUGUGGUGGUGGUUGUGUGAUGGUAUCUGGUUACCUUCUUGCCAGAGAUCACCAUCAGGAGGCAGCCCACAACGGUGAUCCCGAUCAUGACGUAGCAAGCGCGGAUUCGCAGCUUGUUCCGGGCAGCCUCAAUCAUCUCCACGCUGAGCACACAACCACAAAGAGAAAAAGCCCCUAUGAUGAUGAUAUUGGUGACAAUGAUGAUGAUAGGAGUGAAUGAUAGCAAUAAUAAUAGUGAUGACAAUGAUAGCGAUGAAAGUUUAAUGACCGAAAUAAGGACCCAAAAGCCAAAUGGCAGUCUAAGCGUCUUUAAAAAAACAACCAUCUCCGAUUGGAGGAAAGGGGCCUCCACGGUUGAUUGAUCGGGUGGCUGACCUCUAAGAGGCAUAGGAAGACCAGGGGUUAGAACAGAAAGGAAGGAUCCAUUAAAGGGAACGGAUGGGGGAUUGGAUAGAGGUAAAAAACAAACUAUGGGUGAGAAGAAUAGAGAAAGGGGUGCUGCAGAGGGGAUAGAAGGGAGGGGGGGGUAGAGACAAGCCAGGUGACAGUCACCAAGCUUAGGGUGCCUCAUCGUAGAAGUCUAAGAGGGUUCCGUAUUGUGGAGGUCUUUAAUGAAAGUGGCUCUUCUCAUAACUUGUUGUGGGAGUCGUUACACAUUGACUCAACACUACCCAUGUAGGGUGCCUUAUUGUGUAAUCCAUAGGGUUCCUUAAGGUGUAACUAAUAAAAGUGGCCCAUA